ACAAUGAAAUGGAUCGACACCAGCCCUGAAAGGCUUGAAGGGCAACGUCACCUUCCCUGAGCCCCCUCUUUCUCCCAGGCAGAAACAAUCUGGUCUCUCCGGACAGAAGAAGACGUGCCUGCGCACAAGUACACGCUGCCCGCCCAUGCGUUCUCGAGCUGCAGCUUCAACAAGAUGCUGGCGUGGUCAGAGCCCAAGCUGCUGCUGUCGCAGAAGAUGAGUCUCCUGACGACGACGCUGCUCAACCCCCGCAACUUCCGACUAGUCAUCGCCGCUCUGGCAACGACCUGCAUUCUCUCCGUCCUGCUCUUCUUCCCCCCAGGAUCCCAGACAUCCACCGCUUCCCUAGACAUCAAACCAGCAGCGGGGGCAUCCGACCUCCAAACCAGCGCCGUCCCCUCGACCUCAACCGUCGUCGACCUCACGCCGGCCGAAACCGCCCUCCUCACCGACCUGACGCAGUACUUCACCGACCACCCGAUCCAGAAGCCCUACAAGGAGAAAUACGGCGAACUAGGCCGCCGCCUGCGCAUCGUGCGGAACUGGCUGACCCUCGCCCAAGCCAGCCACAACCCGACCACGCGCGCCGUCUACGCCGACGCCGUCGAACAAGUGGCACGCGCGCAGUUCCCCUUCCUCACGCACCCCAACAACCCCACCACCAGCACCCAACCCAUCGCGCAUCUCCGCGCGAGCUUCGAGCCCCAAAGCGCGGGGAUCGUCAUCCCGACCAGCGACAAGACCGUGCGGUACGCCGCGCACCUGAUCGGGGCGCUGCGCACGGUGCUGCAUUCGACCCUCCCAAUCCAAGUCGUCUACGCCGGCGACACCGACCUGUCCCCAGCGCACCGGGACCUCCUCGGCACGCUAGCCGGGCCCGACCCCGCCCCAGCGAUCGAAUUCCUCGACAUCUUGACCGUCUUCGACGACGCGACCCUCCAGCUCCGGACAGGCGGGUGGGCGAUCAAAGCGUUCGCGGCGCUGGCCUCGCGGUUCGAGACGGUGAUCCUGGCGGAUGCGGACGCGGUCUUUCUGCAGCGGCCGGAAGUGCUGCUGCGGCACGAGGCCGUCACGACACGCGGGGCGCUGCUGUUCCACGACCGGCUGCUGUGGCCGCACGCCUUCGCGGGGCGGCAUCAGUGGUGGCACGACCAGAUCCGGCGGCCGAGCGGGGAGAUGAACGCCUCGCGCGUGUGGACGGAGGAGUACGCCGAGGAAGGGGAUUCCGGGCUGGUGGUGCUGAACAAGGGCCGCGUGGAUGUGUUUGUCGGGCUGCUGCAUAUCUGCUGGCAGAACUCGUUCGAGGUGCGCGAGGAGACCACGUAUAAGAUCACCUAUGGCGAUAAGGAGAGUUGGUGGUUUGGGUUGGAGUUGGCGGGCGCGGAGUAUGCGUUCUCGCCGCAUUAUGGCGGGAUUGUCGGGUGGGAGAGGGAGGAGGAGGUGGAUGAGUCGGGGGUCGUGGUGCAGGUUCAGGGGAGUGGGGUGUGCAGUUUUGUCAUCGCCCAUGUCGAUGCCAAGGAUCGCUUGCUGUGGUAUAAUGGGAGUUUGUUGAAGAACAAGGGCCAGCCCGGCAUGGAGAAUGAGUAUCGGGUGCCGGAUAAGUGGAUGAUCGAUGCGGACUGGAUCAAGGGGGAGCGAAAGCAGGAUCAGAGCUGCAUGGUCAAUGGGGUUGUUAGGGAUUUGACGGACGAGGAGAAGGGGAUCUUGGCGAGGUCGAUUGAAUUGGCCAAGUCGUUAGAUGGGUUGGUGCAGCCGGUGCAGCCGCUAUGAGAGACACUGGUUGAUGGGGACCAUGCUACAUAUACAUAUAUCAGGAUUUGCUUGUACAUAUAGAUGAUAUCCAAUACAUUUCUACUUCUGUGAUGCUCUGUGAUACUCUGUGAUACUCUGCUUCUGAUGUCAUGAGCACCAUGGCCAGAUUUACCGUAAAUAGUGGUGGUUGGAAUACAAGGCGAUUAGUGAAUGC